CCGGCGGGCGCGGCAGCGGUGGCGGCGGUGACGGUGGCGGCGGCGGAGGCGGUAGCGCGGGCCGGGAUGCGGCGCUACCUGCGGGUUGUAGGGCUGUGCCUGGCCUGCGGCUUCUGCUCGCUGCUGUACGCCUUCAGCCAGCUCGCAGUGUCCUUGGAGGAAGGAGCGGCCGGAGGUCGCAGGCCGCAGGCCGCGGCGAUGGGUUCCUGGCUGGCGGACGGCGGACGCGGCCCCGGGAGAGGCGCGGGCAGCGCGGGCUUUGGCCGGCCGGGCAGGUGUAAAGAUCUCUCUCUCUGUUACUGGAAUCACUAUUGGAUGCUGCCCUCUGAUGUUUGUGGAAUGAACUGCUUUUGGGAAGCGGCUUUUAGGUAUAGUCUGAAAACACAGCCCGCUGAGAAAAUGCACCUUGCUGUUGUUGCCUGUGGUGAAAGACUGGAGGAAACUGUGACUAUGUUGAAGUCAGCUCUCAUUUUCAGCAUCAAGCCACUGCAGGUCCAUAUUUUUGCUGAAGACCAACUACACGAUAGCUUUAAAGACAGACUUGAUAGCUGGUCAUUUCUACGAAGAUUUAACUAUACUUUGUACCCUAUCACCUUCCCGAGUGACAGCGCCGUGGAGUGGAAGAAGCUCUUUAAGCCGUGUGCUUCCCAGAGGCUGUUCUUGCCGUUAAUCCUGAAAGAAGUUGAUUCACUACUCUAUGUUGACACCGAUAUCCUUUUUUUACGACCUGUUGAUGAUAUUUGGUCAUUACUAAAGAAAUUUAAUUCCACACAAAUUGCUGCGAUGGCCCCCGAGCAUGAGGAACCUCGAAUAGGAUGGUAUAAUCGCUUUGCUCGGCACCCGUACUACGGGAAGACCGGGGUGAACUCUGGAGUGAUGCUGAUGAACAUGACACGGAUGAGGAGGAAGUACUUUAAGAAUGAUAUGACAACCGCACGGCUGCAGUGGGGCGACAUACUUAUGCCAUUGCUUAAAAAGUACAAACUAAACAUCACGUGGGGUGAUCAAGAUCUGUUAAAUAUCAUGUUUUUUCAUAAUCCAGAAAGCCUUUUUGUUUUUCCGUGUCAAUGGAAUUAUCGACCAGAUCACUGUAUAUACGGAAGCAACUGCCGAGAAGCAGAAGAGGAAGGAGUCUUCAUUCUUCAUGGAAACAGAGGUGUUUACCAUGACGACAAGCAGCCAGCAUUCAGAGCUAUGUAUGAAGCACUAAGAAAUUGUUCUUUUGAAGAUGAUGCCGUCCGUUCCUUAUUAAAACCUUUAGAACUGGAAUUACAGAAGACAGUUCACACGUACUGUGGGAAAACAUACAAAAUAUUUAUCAAGCAGCUGACAAAAAGCAUAAGAAGCCGUUAUGACACACCACCAAGGGAAAGGUGACUCUUCGUGACUGCUGAAUGACGUGAGUGAAACAGUGGAGCAUCAGAAGGAGUGAAGGAAUCAUGGGAGGAGGAUUUGGAAGGCGUUUCUGUCUCCAAAAUAACCGUCUUCUAAAGAGGUUAGAAGAGCAGUGUAUUCAAUACCAUGAAGAAUAAGUUAAACUCUGGGGCUCCAGGAAGAAGACAGUUUUGGUCUCUGAUAUUUUGUAACAUUACUUGGUGUCAUUCCAGUGUUAAGGAAAACACUGAACAGUGUGGCCCAUGGAGCUGUGUUGGCUCUUGAAUCAGGUAAAUAAAAACAGUGGUGGGGGGUGGAGGGAGAAGAUGUACCUCGAACACAGUGGAGACAUUCAAGCUGUGAGUGUAGCAGUAACUUUAUGUCAGCACUAACCUCACUUUAAAGUGUGAGACAAAGUUUACAGGGGCAGAAGAGUUCUGUUUCUUAAGAAAUGUGAUGUAACCAAUGUAACCAUUGACAAUCUGUGUAUCCGCAUACUUUCAUCUCUCUUCUACAUGGCUAGUGACAAUCAUGUUUGAAAUUAUCUGUAGGUUUUUUAUGUAAGCUGCACAUUUAGAAAUUAGCUGGAUGAGGAGGGAGAUAUAGUGAAAACUUGGGGAGGUGUGUGUGUGUGUGUGUGUGUGUAUUUGUGUGUGUGCGCACACGUGUGCAUGUUGAGAAAAGUUUUUUUUUUUAUUUUGUAUGUUUUAAACUGUCUUGCCAAACCUAAGCUCUAAGAUAUUUGGGGACAUUUUUGAAAUCACUUUAAGUGAAAAAUUACAGCUUUACUGGGCAUUCUGGAAGCAAAUAUAUAUUAUGCUGAUAAUAAAGUGAGAACCUUAAUUGUAGCACUAGCGGGAAGUGCAGCGGACCAAGUCUACAGGCCUGUGAGAUUAAAGUGGUCCAUUUAGACUUUCCUUCUACCUCAAGUGCAUCCAGGAUCCUUUCCAAGAGGCGAAUGCAGAGCCUUACUUUAGAUUAGACAACUGUGGAAGGCAGUUCUGAGGAAGAGAAUUUUUAUAUCUAGCUGUAGAAAAAAUCGUUUUGAUUUAGUUCAUGUGCCUAUUUCCUGUUUUGAAUACCAUUGAAGGCAGUUGCCUUUUUAAAUGGGGACCAUUACCCUUGCCAUUUUUGUUUUGACCCCUAAUGUAACUGUGGAUUCUGAGUGGGUAGCAUGUAUCGUGCUGUGGUACGUAGCUCAUCUUACCCAGUGCUCCUGGAUUAUUGUCUUUUUCUCUUGGGUGUUAAUACUUACAUGGAGAACGGGAAAUUAUGAAGGAAACAUAUCAUUUAUGAAGAUCCUGUAUCCUCUGCAGUGGAUAUUCAAAAGCAGUGAUCAUUAUAGCUUUUCUAAGUCCUACAGUUUAGCCAGAGACAUACUGAGAGAAGGUUUAAAACACAGUAAAGGUAUUUGUGGCUUUGUGCCCAGAAGAGGGAUUGUGAGCCAGCUCAGUCCUCUAGAACAGAUGGACUCAGAGGGCAGCAGCCAUGAGUCCUUGGCGGAAUGCUGUGGUAAGGUAGGAACCUGUGAGCUGUGUUAACGUUUAGCUUCUUAGAGAAAUGAGAACCUAUCCUCCGAAGUUCGGCUAUUCUCUGAGGGUGCUUGCUAAACACAAAUGACCUACAUAUACUGUAAGUAGGAGUCUCAAGAAUUUUUUUAAUUUGAAGAAAUUAAUUUUAAAUGAAGAUAAAGAGAUAAAAUUUUUAAAUGAAGAAAUUAAAAAUUAUGUGAAGGUGGACUAGGGCUGUUAUAGCUCAGUAGUGAGAGUGCUUGUUUAGUGUGCUCAAGGGCCAGCACCACAACAAAAAUAAGUGACAAGGAGUUGGAAGUCUCACACAGUGGCACUCACUGUUCAGACCUGUUACCCGUCAGUAUCUUACCAUGUUUACUCAUAUAUUCCUUUUGCUUACAUUAAAGUCUCAGGCAUCAUUUUUUGUCCCUGCAGUGAAUGUUUCAGUAAUUACAAGUAACUACAGUAACUAUAUCAUAGCUAGCAAAAGUGGCAGCUGGCCUUUGGCUUCAUCUCAUAGUCAGUCCUUAAACAAUUUCCCUGCUUGUCUCAGAUGUGCACAUGAGAUGAUGAUUCUGUUUUUAACGAGUCCUCGGAAGGGUCUGGUCCCAGGUAGUUAGGAACUACUGCAAAGUAGUCUCCAUCUUUAAGGUUGAAGUUGUGGUCACAGUUAUUGGUACAAUUGCUAAGUUGUGUCAUUUUUGGAUAGAGGAAGCAGUUGGAGUUAUAGGCAAGAUAGGGAUUUAUAUGAAUAAGUUAAGAUUUUAUUUUUUUUCAGUAGCUGGAAAUCUCACCCCCAUGGGCUUCAGUGUGAUUGGCUGAUGCAGUCAAAAUUCACUUGUAUAAAAAAAAAAAAAUUUGAAAAACCUCUAGAAAAUAUAUUGUAAGAAAAUGCAGUUUUCGCUUAUGAAGAAGAGAGCUCGUGAGCUCUGCUGUUUAUCUUUGACACUGCUUACUCCUGGCUCUUACCUGCCUCCUGUCAAAUACCAGUAUAGUGACAAGAACAUGUUGGGAACUGGCCUGCAUUGCCUUCUUCGUGGGCUUGAGGGGCAUUCUGUUGUACACAGUGCCUAAGAAGGGAGGCUUGGGAAGGUGAUGCAGGAAAUUCAGUAGCUCUGUAGCCACACCAGUGUUGGUGGAGGCUGGCUUACCAAGGGCCUACUCCUGAGGCUGAAUGCCUUUUGACUUAUCCUCCAGUGUAGACUUGCUGAUGGUAUGUGGAAGGAUUGUGUUUUUAGGGGAGAAAGUAGAGACAAGAAGGAUGAUGCAAAUGAAUUGUGAAGAGAAAGGAAAGGAAAGAAGGUAGAAGAAUGACGGAAGGCUGAGUGAGCAGAAAGAUGGAGCAACAAUGGAAAUGGAGAAGUGGAAGUGGAGGAAACGGGAAACAUGGGGUACCCUGCCUAGGUCGGUGUUUGCCUGGAGUCUCUGGGUGGGGACGGCAGAGCCAGCCUGGUUUGAUUUAUUGAUACCAGACACGUUUCUUGGUCACUUUAUUCACUGGUCCUUUAGUAGCGGUUCCCAGCAUUCUUUGUUCUCUCCCAGGGCCCCCAUUGUGAGCCAGGACCUGUGGAAACACACAUGCUUUGGUGUCCUUCAGCAUCUCCCAGGGGAGGAAGGCUGUGAAGGGAACUGCUUCAUUGUGUCUAAUGUGGUGUGGCGGUUUUCCCAAUAGUAGGCCAGUAGGGGGAUCACUGCCCUGCCUGGAGGGGCUGGACCAGUGGUCAGUCUGUACACUUCUCAGUGGGGAUACGCUCAGUUGAACUGUUGUGAGUGGAUUCAGGAGGACAGAAUAUGGUAGCAGCAGUAAGAGCAGUAUUCAUUGUCAGGACAGAGUUGGCCCGAUGGUUAUGAGCACGUGUUCCCAGUAUCCACAUGGUCCACAGCUGUCUGUAACUCCAACUCCAAGGCAUCCAGCACCCUCUCCUGACCUCUGUGGACACCACACACACAUGUGGAGCAUAUACUUACACACAGGCAACACACACAUAAAAUAAUCUAAAGAAUUCAAGAUACUCAUUUUCCUUUUCAGUUGCUUACAUUACAUUGUAACAAAUAAUACAGGUACAGUCAGAGCUUCUAAGAUGUUUUAGAAAGAUGGUUGAGGUGUCUUUUUCCAAAAAAAUGUUUUUGGUUUCUUUGAAUAAAUAGAGAAGAAAAAUAGAGUGCAAUAAUGUCAAGUAUGGGGCCAGUUAUCCAUUUGUUCAUGUGUGAUUUCAAGUGUCUUAACUAAUGAUUGCCUUACAUUUUCAUAUUAAUGGAGGUGGACAGAGAUGACCAGUACUGCAGGAAUCAUCUUUUCUACGUUGCCAAAGCAGCCCUUAUUGUCUUCUAAAGCCUGGCUGACUCGCUGUGAAGUUUGUUGUUCUUUAAUUCAUUGACAAUAAAGCUAGAUUUUUAAAACUAAGAUAUAUAGAUUUAAGACAGCUGUCUAAGAGCUGCUAUAAGGAUUAAAACUGGGCAUGGUAGCACACGACCUGUCACCCGACACUCGGGACAGUGAGGUACAUUCAAGGCCACUGUGGCCUUUCCUGAGAUUUUGUCUCAAAAAGCAAAAACAAAACAAAAAAACCAAAAAACAAAACAAAAAAAAGAGAAACAAAAAAACAAAAAGCUAAAAAUGUGUGCUUUUUUAAUACUAUAGUAAUUAAGGACCUAUGAGAAAUCGUAUCAUAGCAUAUUGGCCUGGGCAAUCUACAGUUGAUUACAUAUCAGUGACAAAUUUACUUUUGAAAACUUGUCACCUCAUCCCAACUAAUAUUGAAAGUAUCUAUUGGGAUUUCCUUAGAUUUUUCUAUAAAUUGAUGUUUCAAACAAUUGGGAGCUUUGUGGGGGAAUUUCUCUCAAUAAUACUGUGAAUACCAGAUAUUUUACUACCAGACUUGAGGACUGAUUGGAGCCUUCGUCUUGUGUGGAUUAUGUGUGCCGUUGAGCUACGAGAGCGUAUUCACACGCACAGCACGCCGUGACAGCUCCUGAAAGUUAAGAGAAUGUGAUACCGUACGCCAUUUAAAAACUCAGUUGAUUUUUACUGUGAUAGUUCAGUAGGGGACUUCUAUUUGAACCGUUACAAAUGAACUUUUUUUUUAAAACUAUAAUAACUGUUUUCAAUUUUUAUAUAAAAUCUCUUCAGGGAAUACUGAGAUGUUACAAAAUAAUCCAUAGCUUGUGGCAUUGCUGUAGACUGCUAUCUGAUCAGAAUUGAGCAGAAUAUGCUGUCAUAUUAAAUAGUGACGUUUGAGAGCUGCAUCGGAGAUGUUUGUAGUGCUGGAUCAGUCUGUGAGCUGGAAUUCAGACCUGGGGUUUGCUUCCGCCAGGUGUUUUGCAUGAGUCUAUUAGUGUGCUGUGUAGAGUUGUCUGAAACUACAGGAAGGCACUGGGAUGAACCGUGCUGUGUAGACAGCAUCGUGAUGAACCGUGCUGCGUAGACAUUACUGUCUCGAAACCGCUUUUACCUUAAACUAUUUUGGUUUUAUAAUAAUGUGAAUAUUUUGAAAUAUCUUACUUUUAUAUCUUGAAAAUUCUUAAAAAGGAGUAUAAAAUUAUAGAUUUGGGGGCUAGCUUACCAAUAUUGGAAGAUGCCUUAUUCUGUUUUGGGAGGGAUUCAGCUCUGGUUUUUCUUGAAAAACUGUAUUGCUGUUACUAAAUAUGUACUCAAUAAAUAUUGGAUUUUCUCAUGUGUCUUAA